AUGGCGGAAGACAAGACGCUUCACAUAGUCAUUUUCCCAUGGUUGGCCUUUGGCCACAUCAUUCCCAACCUUGAGCUCGCCAAGCUCAUAGCUGAGAAGGGUCACCUUGUCAGCUUCGUUUCUACCCCAAGGAACAUCGAUCGCCUUCCAAAACUACCUCCUCACUUGGCUCCUCUCAUCAAACUCGUCAAGCUUCCCCUACCCAAAGUCCACGACCUUCCUAAUAAGGCUGAGGCCACCACCGAUAUUCCGUACAACAUGGUGACGUUUCUCAAGAAAGCCUACGAUGAACUCCAACAACCCAUGGCCCUGUUUCUUGAAUCUUCCAAACCCGAUUGGAUCUUUCACGACUUCGCUCCCUACUGGGUCGGAUCCAUUGCUUCCAAACUGGGCAUCAUGUCUGCCUUCUUCCCCAUAUUUCCGUCGCCGGUUAUGGCUUUCCUGGGACCUCCUUCGGAUUUGAUGAGUUCCGACCCUAUGAGGAAAAAACCCGAGAGCUUCACAGUUCCGCCACCGUGGAUCCCAUUCCCCACCACCGUAGCGUUUCGUUACUUUGAGAUCAUGAGGAUAUUCGCAGACAGUUUCUCCGUCGGGAACCGGGAUGUUUCAGAUGCAUACCGUAUCGGCGCGUCUGUCCAAAACUCCGACAUAGUAAUAGUAAGAAGUUGCUACGAAUUUGAACCCAAAUGGAUUCAGGUCCUCAAAAACCUUUAUCAGAAACCAGUUCUAGCCGUUGGCCAACUUCCCAGCACGGCCUAUGACGGUGGGAACGAAAACGACGCAUGGCGGUGGAUGAAAGAUUGGCUGGACAAGCAAAACAGAGGCACAGUGGUCUACGUGGCAUUCGGAAGCGAAGCGAAGCCCAGCCAAGAAGAAGUGAGGGAGAUAGCUCUAGGUGUAGAGAAGUCGGAGCUACCAUUUUUCUGGGUGCUGAGGACUCAACGUGGGCCGUACGACCCGGAGAUUUUGCGGCUGCCGGAAGGUUUCGAGGAACGGACGCAUGGUCGCGGCGUGGUGUGCACAGGUUGGGCGCCGCAGCUGAAGAUAUUGGGCCACGAGUCCGUCGGUGGGUUCUUAACUCAUUCUGGUUGGACGUCGGUGGUGGAGGCGAUCCAGAAUGAGAAGCCGCUUGUGCUUCUGACGUUUUUGACAGACCAGGGACUGAACGCGAGGGUGUUGGAGGAGAAGAAGAUGGGAUACUCGAUACCAAGAGAUGAGCGAGACGGGUCUUUCAAGAGUGAGUCGGUGGCUGAGUCGCUGAGGCUGGUUAUGGUGAAAGAAGAAGGAAGGAUCUACCGGGAAAAGAUAAGAGAGAUGAAGGACUCGUUUGUGAAUAGAGAAAGACAGGAAGAGUAUGUGGAUGAUUUAAUAAAGCACCUCAGAAACUACAGAAAUGCUAAGCUUGAAGAUGGAGGUUGUAGGAGAUAUUAA